UGACCUCCUCCCCGCAUCUUCUUCACUUGCUCUGAUCCAAAGCAGGGCUCUAUCCCUCUUACAAUGCCAUCUAAUUCUCUUGACCCCGUUGUGGUGAGCUUAGAAGACUUAAAGUCGUUCAAGUGCGACCACUUGUUGCCAGAGGCCUUCGGGCCAGACUCCCUUGGGAUCAUCAUCGUGAAGGACGUUUCUGACGGAUAUGAAGCCUUAAGGGCCAAAGUCUUGAGGUCCUCCACCACCUUGGCCAAUUUGCCGCCCUCCAUUUUAGAAGGUUUGGAAAGCGAGGAGAGCAAGUGGAUUGUGGGGUGGUCCUGCGGUAAGGAAAAGCUCGCCAACGACACCCCAGACUUAUUAAAGGGUUCCUACUACGUCAACUGUGCGUUCCACAAGGACCCAGAUCUUGAGGGGCCUACUCCCGACCAGAUUACUGGGCUUGAAAAUAGUUACACGCCCUACACAACGCCUAACAUCUGGCCUGCCGAGGAAGACAUCCCGGAUUUCCAGCAAGACUUGAAGAAGUUGUGCAAUUUGAUCAUUGACGUCGCUGAGGUGGUUGCCGCUGCCUGUGACAGAUACUGCAAGCAACACAUCGAUAACUAUCCGUCUGAAACUUAUUUGACCGGCAUCGUGAAGAAUUCGUACACCACCAAGGCGCGCCUUUUGCACUAUUUUGCCUCGAAGGAUCUGAACGAGCAGUGGUGUGGCGAGCACUUGGACCACUCCUGUCUCACUGGUUUGACGUCUGCGAUGUUCCUUGACGAGGCAGACCCUGUGGGCAGUGAGCUAUCGCUGUCGCCGGACCCAGAGGCGGGGUUGUAUAUCAGGAACAGGGCCGGGGAUACCGUCAAGGUUUCGAUUCCUCGCAACUGUAUAGCGUUCCAGACCGGCCAGUCGUUACAGGAAAUCACCGAAAACAAGUUUAAGGCCGUUCCGCACUAUGUCCAGGGGUGCAAGGUUCCGGGAGUAUCCAGAAGCACGUUGGCCGUGUUCUGCCAGCCAAACCUCAAGGAUGUGGUGAACUUGCAGACUGGUGAGACUUUUGCCGCGUUUGCUGAUCGGAUUUUGAAUGCCAACCAUUAAUACGAGGAGAGGCAGUUACUAUUUCACUCCCACGAUAGUCAGAUACUUUACUAUCUAGCAAACCAUUAUUUAUUAGUUGCAAAUUCUUGU